CCUCAACUCAGAUUCAAGUGCACAUCAUACUUGUACUGCCCGUCCAAGUCUGCCGCUGCCCAUUGCAAUUGGCGCCACCACACUACACCCUCAGCGAUGGCAAUGAGGGUAUCGAACCGUCGGGCGCUGGCCUCCGCAUUCAGCUCUACGAAAACCUCCCUGACCCGCCGCAAUGAAGCUAUACGCUGCUUCACUUCUUCCAAGGCCUCUCGCGUCGUCGUCUCCCAGGACACUCCCAAUAUGCGCUUAGCUUCCAGAGAUCCCGAUGUUGCUGGCGGACUUCGUGUACCUCCAAUCAACCCUGCCGACAAAUAUGCUGCAAAGGCCGAGGACAUGCACAAAUAUGGCCAAUGGCUCAUGGGAUGUCUCCCAAAAUACAUCCAACAGUUCUCCGUGUGGAAGGAUGAGCUAGUCAUAUACAUUGCGCCCUCUGGCGUCAUUCCCGUCUUCUCAUUUUUGAAGUGUAAUAGAUCAUCCACCUACCCGAAUGCCUCAUUCUAAUAAUCAAUAGACAAUACUGCUGCCGAAUUUACCCAAAUCUCUGACAUCACUGCGGUCGACUUUCCCACCCGAGACCAAAGAUUCGAGGUUGUCUACAACAUGUUGAGUGUUCGCCACAACUCCCGAAUUCGUGUCAAGACAUACGCAGAUGAAGCCUCACCCGUGCCAAGUUUAUGCGGUUUGUACGACGGAGCCAAUUGGUACGAGCGGGAGGUGUAUGAUAUGUUUGGUGUCUUCUUCAUUGGCCACCCAGAUUUGCGACGCAUCAUGACGGAUUAUGGAUUUGAUGGGCAUCCAUUACGGAAGGACUUCCCAUUGACUGGCUACACUGAGAUCCGGUAUGACGAGGAGAAGAAGCGUAUUGUUGUGGAGCCAUUAGAGCUGACGCAGGCAUUCCGUAACUUUGAGGGUGGAAGUGCUGCUUGGGAGGUAUGUAUUUGCUGUUCCAAGGGCCUUGAGAUAUGGCUAACAUCGAGCAGCAAGUUGGAUCUGGUGUGGACAGGAAACCUGAUACCUUCAAGUUACCUACCCCAAAGCCAGAAGAAAAGAAAGAAGAGCCAAAGAAAUAGAUUCGAGAGUGCCAUUGUACAUAAAUACUGUCAUCAUAUAAGAAUUGGUUGCGUGCAACGUUUGAACCCUCA